AUAUUUGUUAUAGACGUUUUUCAACGUAUCGUUGGCAAAUUGAGCUUCGUUAAUAUGUAUCUCAAGUACAAAGAUAACCAAUGAAAAAGUAGUAUUCAAGCAAGAUUUUGAACUUAUUUCAGCUAAAUUUUUUGAAAGUCAUUUACGUUUGAUCGUUAAAAUUGAUAGUCAUUGGUUGCACCGUACUAUUUGAUAUAUGACAUUCUAAGUUGUACGAUUGUCGUGUAUUGUUGAUAAUGUAUUACAUUUCAUGAUACGUUAUUCUGUUUGUUGAAAUUGAUAUACACCUGUUGCUUUAAAUCUGUUGUAUUAUUUCGAUGUAUUCAAAUGGAUAGUGACUUUGAUAUUAAAAUUGAAAUCCAAAAGACCUUGAUGUCUAUUAAAGACAUAACAUUAAAAAUAAAAAAUGAGUUGAACAUAAUUAAUGAACUCGUGAAAAAGGAUGGACAACUUCACACAGCUGUGGUUGAUGCAAGCAAAACCUUAACUACAGUAGCUAAAGACAUGGACAUAGAUGUUGAGAAUGUUUUAAGUAAUAAUGAAGGUGAAAAUGAAUCUCAAUUCAAUGUGAGAGAUAUUCUAUCUUCUGCUGCGUUCCAAGAAAAAAUAUUAACAUGUUUAAAUAAUAUGUAAUUUUUAUUAUUUUUA